GAAAUUGAACCGGAAGUAUUAUCAUUUCUGCUGGCGGGUCGCAGUCCUUAGCUUUUGUGUCCAUGCUAAAGAAGAAAUAACUUAAUUCUACUUCGAUGGCAAACAGAACAGUUAAAGAUGCUAACAGUAUACACGGGACUAACCCGCAGUAUCUGGUGGAGAAAAUCACCCGGACUCGAAUCUACGAGUCUAAAUACUGGAAAGAAGAGUGUUUCGGUCUCACUGCUGAGCUGGUUGUUGACAAAGCCAUGGAACUGAAAUACGUUGGAGGUGUUUACGGCGGGAACAUCAAGCCCACUCCCUUCCUCUGCCUCACGCUGAAGAUGCUGCAGAUUCAGCCUGAGAAAGACAUCAUUGUUGAGUUCAUAAAAAAUGAAGAUUUCAAAUAUGUUCGUUUACUUGGAGCGAUGUACAUGAGAUUAACUGGCACUGCAGUGGAUUGUUACAAAUAUCUGGAGCCUCUGUACAACGACUACAGAAAGAUCAAGAGUCAGAACAGAAACGGAGAGUUUGAGUUGAUGCACGUCGACGAGUUCAUCGAUGAUCUCCUGCACGCAGAGAGGAUGUGUGACAUCAUUCUGCCCCGGCUUCAGAAGAGACAGGUCCUGGAGGAGGCCGAGAUGCUGGACCCACGGAUCAGUGCUCUGGAGGAAGACCUGGAUGAAGUGGAGAGCAGUGAGGAGGAAGAUGAGGAAGAGGAGAAGCCCGAGAGACUCCAGACCCCUGAACCACACAGACGUAGUUACCGUGAUAACGACAGACCUCGCCGUUCUCCAUCACCUCGGUACAGGCGCAGCCGCUCUCCCCGACGGAGGAGCAGAUCUCCAAAGAGGCGAAGCCCGUCACCCCGGAGAGAACGCCAUCGCAGCAAGAGCCCCCGCCGACAUCGCAGCCGGUCUAGAGACAGACGCCACCGCUCCAAAUCCCCAGGUCACCACAGAAGCCACAGACAUCGCAGCCACUCAAAGUCCCCAGAGAGGAGUUCAAAAAAGAGCCACAAGAAGAGUCGAAGAGGAAACGAGUGGGCUUCCAAAUGUGCAUCAGUAAGAAGUUUGACUCUUGAGGAUGACGAGGACCCCCAGCUCGUGUCUGAUGCUCUUGGGAGGUUAGUUGUAAGGAACCUUUUCAUGACCGAGCCACAGUUGGACAUGCAGAAGGGUUAG